AUGUCUGACAUAAGUGAGAGCAUCAAGGACGCAGUCAUUUCUGUCCUGCCAAUAAAGCAAAACUGGCCAGAAACUUUCCAGAUACCCUGGGAAAAAAUGCCACCAAGUAUUCGUACUGCCACUGAAAGUGGGAAAAGGCCCUCACCAGCAGAUAGAAGGCAAAUGGUUUGGGUCUUGGUGGACGAAAUGAAGAAGUAUGAGGCCAACCCUUCAUGGUCGCAGUGCCUCAUAAUUUCUGUCAAGAUUGUCAACGAAUUUCCACAGUCCUUCGCUGACAUGAUAGAAGGGAAAUUUAUAGGGGGAGGAUAUGCAUCUCUCCUGAGUCAAAUAAAAAUUCAUGUUGAGCAUUUAAAUAGAAAUAACACUUUGGCACGGCGCAGGUCUGUCACCACAGGGGCAAAGCAAAACACAGGCCCUGCAGAUAGCUAUAGCUGCACACGGUGGCAGCCAGACCUUCCACCUGAAGAAACAGAAAGCACACUGGAAGAGAAAAAGAAGAUACUUUUGGAGUUCUUCUCUCGUGAGGGCUUGUCUGGGAUUGAAAGAGGAGAAGUACAGAAUCUCAUGGAGGCAACGUACUACUUACAGCGCAAGAUGAUAAACACAACACCGGCGCACACACUUGAAUAUCUGAAAUCUCAGUGGCCAUACCUGUUUGUCCCUAGGAGUAUGUGUAGACAUUUUGAGAUGUUAACAGACAUCAACAUUUUGAGAAAACUGGAAGCAUCUCUUGAAGGAAAUGGAGAAGGAAAUAUCAUGGAGUUCCUCAAGAAAAACCCUACCAAUAGUGAAGUCAAGGCUGUUCUGACCCGAAGCAAUACCAGUGUGGCAGCUCCAUAUGUUCUGCUGGUGCUGAUGGCUCACUUCAAAGAGUAGAGUGAUGCACUGAUACUGGAAAUAGAUGUAAGUAUAAAGCCAUUUCAUUGCUCUCUCUGAUUUCCUGUAAACAAAUUAAAGAAGUAAAUAUACAGUGCAGUCUGUAUGUGUUUGGACAGGGACACAUUUCU